AUGGCAGCCGCCGCCUAUGUGGACCACUUUGCCGCCGAGUGCCUCGUGUCCAUGUCCAGCCGCGCGGUCGUGCACGGGCCGCGGGAGGUGCCGGAGCCCUGGCCCGAAGGUGCGGCCGCCGCCGCCGCGGCCCCCGCGAUGCCCCGCGCCGACGAGCGCCGCGACGGCAAGGACAGCGCCUCGCUGUUCGUGGUGGCGCGGAUCCUAGCGGACCUCAACCAACAGGCGCGGGCACCCGCCGCGGCGGAGCGCAGAGAGGGGGCCGCGGCCGCGCCCCCCAGCCCCGCAUGGAGCGAGCCCGAGCGGGAGCAGGCGCCCGCGGGGAGCGGCGAGCCCGGCCUCAGACAAAGGGGUCGACGGGGCCGGAGCAGCGCCGACCUCGAGUCCCCACAGAGGAAGCACAAGUGCCACUACGCGGGCUGGGAGAAAGUUUACGGGAAAUCCUCGCACCUCAAGGCGCACCUGAGAACUCACACAGGUGAGCGGCCCUUCGCCUGCACCUGGCAGGACUGCAACAAGAAGUUUGCCCGCUCGGACGAGCUGGCGCGGCACUAUCGCACGCACACCGGCGAGAAGUUCAGCUGCCCCAUCUGCGAGAAGCGCUUCAUGCGCAGCGACCACCUGAGGAAGCACCCGCGACGCCACGCCAACUUCCACCCGGGCAUGCUGCAGCGGCGCGGCGGGGGCUCGCGGACCGGCUCGCUGAGCGACUACAGCCGCUCGGACGCCAGCAGCCCCACCAUCAGCCCGGCCAGCUCGCCGUGAGCACGCCGGCCCCGUCCUGUCCUUUUGUAAUGAGAACGAAGCCGCGAACUUAGGAAAAGUCCACGGGAAAACACUUUUCUUCACCUCAGGUGUCAAAGUCAGUUUGUUUUUUUU